UCCCUCCGAUAUCCCAGAAUUCACAGCGUGACCUGCAGUAUUGACAAAGAAAAGAACGACAGAAAACAGGGUGGGCUCUGCAAAACAAUACCCCCACAAUUUGACGACAAUAAGUCUCACCACUGAGACUGUUGUUGUUUACCAGGGUGCAGCAUUACGUUAUCCUGCUAAGAAGCUGAGGGUGAGUGGGAAGGGCCAUCUGCAAGUGAGGGGAGGUUACAAACCUGCAGAGCUUCCAGAGAGAGGGCCCUGACAGACACCUCUUCAGAGCUUCCAGAGAGAGGGCCCUGACAGGCACAUCUGCAGAGCUUCCAGAGAGAGGGCCCUGCCGGACACCUCUUCAGAGCUUCCAGAGAGAGGGCCCUGCCAGACACACCUGCAGAGCUUCCAGAGAGAGGGCCCUGCCAGACACCUCUUCAGAGCUUCCAGAGAGAGGGCCCUGCCAGACACCUCUUCAGAGCUUCCAGAGAGAGGGCCCUGCCAGACACACCUGCAGAGCUUCCAGAGAGAGGGCCCUGCCAGACAUAUAGGACGAGAGAAAGGGACUGGGGAGUGAGCUCAGCUGGAGCCAAUGCAGCAGCAGAGUGGACAGCCUGAGCUAGUGGAAGGAAGCCUUCCCGUGUUCGUGUUCCCCACAGAGCUUGUCUUCUACGCGGACGAGCAGACCUCCCACAAGCAGGUUCUCACCCUCUACAACCCCUAUGAGUUCGCCCUCAAGUUCAAAGUGCUAUGCACAGCGCCCAACAAGUAUACCGUGGUGGAUGCCACCGGAGCCGUCAAACCACAGUGCUGUGUUGACAUAGUGAUUCGACACAAAGAUGUGCGGGCCUGUCACUAUGGGGUGUCUGAUAAGUUCCGGCUGCAGGUGUCUGAGCAGAGCCAGAGGAAGGCCCUGGGCCGGAAGGAAGUGACGGCCACGUUGAGGCCCUCGGCUGCCCAGGAGCCCCCCAGCCCCCGGCCCCAGGAGGAGGAGCGACAGAUGAGGGAACAGCUAGCAGACAGCGUCUUCUUUGAGCAGACCACCUUCCAGACAGAGAGCCGCUCUCAGUCUGGGGGCCCAAGCCUGCUGACGGUGCUGUUGGGGUUGGUGUGUAUGGCUGCCCUCAUGCUGCCCACCCUAGGGGAGCAAGAAUCCACCGUGCCUGUCUACCUCCACUUAAGUGUUACCAAGAAACUUGUAGCUGCUUACGUUCUAGGUCUUCUUACAAUGGUUAUCCUGCGUACAUGAGGUGCUAUGGGGGCUGGAAAGAGAGAACGAGGAGAAGAGGAUACAAAAGAGAAGAGAACAUUCACUCACCCAAGGCAACUACAUGCUUGAAAGGGUAGUGUUGAGGGGGAGGGGGUAUCCGGUCAAUUCCCCCUUCCUCUGUCCCAAAAAACAUACAUCUAAUUGUUUUGAAAUAAAAACAUAAUACUGACUGAUACAAAGCAAGAGACCUCUGCUGCAGUGGGCACAGAAAUAACAUUCUGGAAGGAGGGCAUUGUGUGGGUCUGCGGCCGUUGGAGGAAGGGUUUGUAUAAAAACAUGUGGGUCAUUAAAUUGUGUUUGACUUCAUAUCCUGUGUCUGUGUGGAGUUCCAUGGCCAUUAAGUAACAGACAAUGGUGAAGUUGUUAAGUUAGUGAUUUGCUGUUAAACAUUAGGGCAAUUUGAAGUUGUGAUUUCAUGUACAUAAAAGUGCAAUAUGUAGAAAUCGCUCCGCCAUUUUCUGGUUGCUGAAAUACAAAUAGUUUGCCUAAUUUGUUUGUGACAAUGAAAAGACGUGUUUAGUGUAGAGAAUUGUUCCGUCAAAACAGCUGUGAAAUAUAUUUUCAGUAACCCAAAAUAUUGUUUCAGCUGUUUGAAGCUGGUGUACAAAACCUAAAUUAAGACAAACUUACCGGGAAGCAUAGAAAGUGCACAUAGAACAGAUCUACCGCUUCAGACUUUCAGUGAGUGACCGCUAUAACUCACAUUUCAAUGUGAAUUUAGUCAGGUCAUCUAAAAAGUUACAUAUUGCAGCUUUGUCAUUAAAAAACAUAUGGUCUUCACCUGUAACCACAUCUUAAUAUUGUCUGCUUAGAAUAAAACGUACUCUUUUGUAGCUAGUAUUGACUGAAUCUGACUAAAUGCAGUUACAUGCACGUGUGGAUACUUAUCUGAAUGGAAGUGUUACUUUUCCAGACGCAAUAUACAAAACAAAAAGGUUUCAAAUGUGACCAAAGGAAAUGUCCUCUUCCUAUGAAAGACGUCCGUUUACUUGCUGUACAAUGUCAAUGUUAUUCCAUCAAAUGCCUAAUAAAAAGUCUUGAAUCAGCA